UCCCUGCCAAGGUCCAGCGGCCGCCGGGGCACGGGGCAGGCGGGUGGAGGGGACAGAUGAGGCCACCCACCAGCAGUGAUUCCUUCUCCAGCAGGCUUCUGGGCCAGGUCCUUCAGCUCCGCUUGGUCAAGUACCCACUAAAGCUCCUGCAGAAAGCAUCUGUCUGGGUUGGAUUGGUGCUCCCUGUCGGGGCCAUCAGGAGCAGGCUCUGCCCCCCAUCCCAGUCCCCCUCCAGGCCUGGGCUCCUGGCCAGGAAGCGCCGAGGGAAGCUCCUGCGCCUUCUGCUCUCCGUGACUCCCACCAGGGUCCAGAACUUCCUGGGCUACCUCCCAACCGACUGGGGCCAGAGCAACAUGUCCAAGGAGAUCCAGGAGGCUCCCAUCAACCCAGCCAGCAAAGCCAGCAAGAGGAAGAGGGAUGAUGUGGCUCUGGAGCAGCAGGAGUCCUGGUUUGUGGUGCUGGAGAGGGAUUUGCCAGAGGAUGACCCUGAAGACCUCUCAUAUGAGCCCUCGGAGCUGGAGUCAGACAGUGAUGAGUACCAGACCCACAAUGACACCGAGCUGGAGCUGGAGGAGCAGGGUGGGCUCACUGUGCUGGAGCUCUCAGCUGUCCAGGGCUCCGUGUCGCCCCCAGAGCCAGGAGCAGAGGAUCCAGCUGUGACCAGCAGAGGGGGAGAUGCUCCAGAUGUGGCCAGUGGUGAUGCCCAGAAGCCACGAGGGGAUGGGAGCAGUGAGCAGGAGACUGACACAGCCUGUGGCACCAGCUCCUCCCAGGGUGGGUGGACCACUUAA